UUCAGUCUUCACUGGCACAGCCUGGGAUCUCUUCCCCCGCCGAUGGGGGCUUCUGGUGACCACGGAGCACACCGAGAAUUCUGACUUCUUGCCAGCUUCGUUUUCAGGCUGUUUCCCCGCGCACCACUGACCUUCAGAGGAUUAGUGGAACUUGAACGGAAGCAGACCAGCCAUGGCAUCUGGAGAUCAAAGCUUGGGUUCCAGUGCAGAUGAGGAGAACUUUCGUAGGAUCCUUUUCAGGAUCGAUUUGCACCUCGGGGGCCAGGAAGUGGAGAGCCUGAAGUUUCUUUGCCUGGACUUGGUCUCCAAAAAGAAGCUGGAGAAGUGUAGCUCCGCCUUGGAUAUUUUUGAACUCCUCUUGACGUACAAGCUGCUGCAAGAAGAGGACCCUUUCGUCCUCGCAGAACUCCUCUACGUCACCAAGCAGAUCAGACUGCUGCAGCACCUCAGGUACACCAAAGAGGAAGUGGAGCGUCUGCUGCCCAAGAGAAGGAAGGUGCCUCUGUUCAGAAAGAUGCUCUACGAACUGGCGGAAGCCAUCGACACAGACACCUUAAAGAGCAUGACCUUCCUUCUGAGAGAUUCUAUGCCCAGAACCGAGAUGAACUCGCUGCAUUUGCUGGAGCAUCUGGAGAAACGUCAUGAUAUACAUGAAGAUAAUCUGACGUACCUGGAGGACCUCUGCAAAAAGGUGUCCCCUAGCCUGAUCAGAAUAAUAGAGAAGUACAAAAAUGAGAAAGACAAGGAAACUGAAUCAUUGCACGAAGGAGAGAAAGAGCUGGUUUCACAGUCAGACAUUAAACGAUUCAUUGGAGCCUUACAGGAAGGCAACGUGUACAGGAUGGAUCGGAAGCACAGAGGCCGCUGUAUCAUUGUCAACAACGAAAUAUUUACCACCUAUCUGUCAGACAGACGAGGGACCCAGAGGGACGCGGAGUACCUGAAGCACGUGUUCCAGUGGCUCGGGUUCAAAGUACACAGGUGUGAUAAUAAGACUAAGGAAGACCUGGAGGCGCUGUUGCAGGAGGAGAAGCAUCACCCAGACCAUGAUGAUGGGGACUGCUUCGUGUUCUGUGUUCUGACUCAUGGCAUAUUUGGAGCUGUCUACUCUUCAGACGGAGUCCUCAUCCCCAUUCGGGAGAUCGUAUCCCACUUCACAGCCCAGCAAUGCCCUGGACUGGCUGGCAAACCUAAACUCUUUUUCAUCCAGGCCUGUCAAGGGAAAGAGAUACAAUCUUCUGUGCCCAUAGAAGAAGAUGCUGUGAAUCCCGAGCGUGUACCUCCUUCCCUUCAGGACAGUAUCCCUGUCGAGGCCGAUUUCCUGCUUGGUCUGGCUACUGUUCCAGGUUAUGCAUCCCUUCGGCAUGUGGAGAAUGGCAGCUGGUACAUCCAGUCUCUGUGCAAUCAUCUGAAAGCCUUGGUCCCAAGGCAUGAAGACAUCCUGUCCAUCCUCACCGCUGUUAACCAUGAUGUGAGCCGACAAGCAGACAAAAGUGGAAGAAUGAGACAGAUGCCGCAGCCUGCGUUCACUCUAAGGAAGAGACUAGUAUUCCCCGUGCCACAGGGAGAGCCUUCAUUCUAGAAGGGAGUUUCGUGGCCUCGGAGCCCUGACAGGAACCUUUGACUAUUUCCUCUAACCUCCCACCCAACAUGGGAAUCAGUGACAGAUGAUGAGCUGGUCUCCACCUGUCAUUCUAGUAGCCGGAAAUAGUCUCUUUUCUCAAAUGAUCUAUUCUGAUCUUUCAACAAAUUAUUUUGACAAGUCUGAACAUUAGAAAGCUUUCUUUAUUGAAGACUUAGGCUGUAGCCCUGACUUUAGUUGUGCAUCUUGAAGAGAAUAUUUGGCCUUGGGUUGUUCACCUGUGAGACACUAGGGGGGACUAGGUACAUUAUAAACUUCCCUCGAGUACCCCAAGAACCACUGUUCUUAGCCUAGACUGCUCAGCCACUCUGGGAGCAGAAACUACUCUUUAAUGUCCAAUUCUGUCUCGGUUGGAAGCUUUCAGGUACUGGAGACAGAACACCCAACUCCAACUGAGUGAAGCAAAGAAGGGUUUUGUUGCCUCUUGUUUCUGGAACUCCACAAGUAGAUAACGUUGGCUUCAGGCAAGACUUGGAUCAGGGCUCAAUCCCCCGGGAAGCACCUUCCUCUCGGCUGGAUGGCCUCCCAGUUGGCAGCUGCACUGGGAUCGACAGCCGUAUUAGUGCAUUCCACUCGUCUGGUCCAAAGGCCAGGGAGAGAGUCCGGCUCAGGGACUGGAGCUGCUCAAGGCUAUCUUUGCUUCGUCCUCGGCCCUUGGCCCAAGAGAUAGCUGGCAAUGCCUUGAGGGAGUCACCUUCCUUGAUAUUUUUAAAAUAAGGUUUUGAAUUUUUUUUUUUGUACUUGAACAUUUUUUUUUUCAAGAGAAAGUUUUUCUUUGUAAUUCCUGGAACCAUAUUUUGAAAAAGACCUGGGAGGAAGACUGAAAGUCUUGUGGUCAAGCCCUUCCUUCACAGAUGAGGAAGCCGAGGCCCGGGGAGUGACAGCAACUUACCCACAGUUCUCCAGCCAGUUGUGGUCUACCGACUUUUUUUCCUACUUCAGUAAACUGGAAUGAUAUGGUACAUAACAGGACCCUAUUCCUUGCACAUGUAGAUGCUCAUAAAAAGAUGUCAAGGAAUGUAGGAAAAUAACUCUUGAGGGUGCCUUUGUAAGUAGGGGAAAGUCAAAUUCAUCUAUAGUGGAUUUUCUAUGAGAGGUAUUCAUAAAAAUGCUGUUAUGUAGCUAGCAUCACACGGUUUAGAAUGUAGCUUCAUUAAGGAACUGUGUCUAAUUUACAUGUUAUGAUGGUCUCCCAAAGCUGUUGUUCAUACAGUCAAGGCCAAAAGCUGGUGGUCACAGUGUCUGUUCAGUUGGAUACACAUAGCCUGUGGCCACUUAACUGUCCUUCUCUACAACUGAGAGAUGGCAUGGCACAAAGGAAAAGCCAACGACACAGAGACGAAAAUCUUGAGUUUCCAUUUUGCCUUGCAAUUCCCUUUCUCUGAGACACUAACUCAAUCCAGCUAGCUUUUCAGCCUCAUUUGCAAGGCAGAGAAAGCUUAGUUGUUGGGAACAUGAAGGAAAAUGUGUAGUUCUGUACUCAUUUAAAUCUAAUCGUGGCGAGGUGCAGAUAAGGCCUUUUAGUUUCGGUGGUGGUAGUCCUCCUAAAGGACACAGCAAGGCUUGCGUUCCAUUGCAUCCAAUUCCAGCUAACUUUAUGAGUAGCAACUCAACACUAGCAUCUGCCCUGCCAUCUGCUGCGUGAGGCUGUUUCCCUCUCUGCUUCAUGAUGUGUCUAUAGUAGGAUGCCAGCCCACAAAACACUGUUGAAAUCUCCUUGGUCAGGGUGUGGGAGGGGUGGCCUGUGGUUUGACAUGGAAGUCCCUGCUCUGUGGUCUGUUUCAUAGUUCCAUUUUUCUGGAACCUAGUUCUUGUCGAGGUUAAACUCUGGAGUCAGGAGACUUUUGAUGAACUUUCUUUUGUAGAGGCCUUUAGCAAGCACUUUCAGGUCCCUGAUGUCUCUACCUGUGCAGUGUGGAUGCACCUGUGUCCAGUGUACACACACCUGCAGGACACCAUUGUUGACUCAUUUCUCCUUACCCUCGUCCUCUCAGGUUGUGUGCAGCAUUGUACUUGUCUGUAUUUAAGUGCUGGUGUGUGUGUGUGUCUGUGUGUCUGUGUGAAUUUAUAACAGGUGAACGGGUCUCAGAUUUUUGACUGUGACUACAGUGAUUGCCCAGAGAGUUACGAAGGAAACUGGCAGAUUGAGAUUCUUACAUAUAAGCGUAUUUCAGGAAGUUCAUGGAAAAAUGGCACUAAAAGAGACACUUAUUUUAGUGCAAACAUUUUUGAAAUCCAUGCAUCCAGGAUUUCCCUCCAGAAAGUUAAUGGAAAAUGCCGAUUAUGAAAAGCUAUGCAUAGAUUAAUUUACUUUCCUCUUCCACGAACUUUCUGAGCUCCCUUUGUACUUGGCUUAGUUUUCUAAAACCUACAAGAGCUGUAGUUCCUUUCUUUCUUUCUUUUUUUCUCAUUUAUUCUUUUAUAAGUUUACAGCCAAAGGAACUAAAAGACAUGAAAACAUUUGAUAAAGUAUUAUACAGAUGUUACUGUUGUUGAAGUGAAACUGAUAUGACUGGUGUUUCCCACUGUUAGAACUACUAAGCAUCACAGCGCCCCGCUGAGCUUGGCUGCAGGGACUCACAGUGGGAGUUGGCAGGUCUGGUAUCACGGGGAUUACCCUUGGUAAUACAUCAUAUUCUGCCAGUGCUCCGGUGAGGGAAACAAAACAGCCACUGGUGCAUAGUGGAUCUUGACUCAUUAGGACAAGCACUGACCUGUGGAGCACAGGGGACAGACAACAUUGCACCUGCGGAAAGCCAAGUUCGAAGUUUACCUCAUUGCACAGGUAAUUUUUGUGCCUUAGAUGAUUCACAGACUCUUCCAGGUCGCCUGCUUUCAGAGUGAUCCGGUCAAGUUGUACGUGACGUGGACAUCUUGGGCCCUUUGGAGUCUGUGGAUUCAUUCUCAGGGUCUAUGAGUCCUCUCGCCUUUGUUUUUGCAUGUUUUUACUCUCCUGUGGCGACCGUCUACUGAAGUGCCUGCACACGCAUCCUGGCUUUUUCAAAAGGACUGCUUUAUAUCUGAGUUUGCCACGUCAUUCCUGUGCCCACCCCUGGUGCCCAGGAAGGCAUGGAUUCUAUCAUCAACUUUUUAAUGGGCCGUGAGUGGGCAGCCAUGGCUAGAGGUCCCCAGAUGAACUGUCAGUGCCAGUGGUUCAUCUGUUUCCUGCUUGUUCCAAUCCGUCUUCUCAUUCUAUGAUGGACGAUUGGUUCAUCGUCCCUCAUGUCUGCUAAGCUUUCUAGUGCAGGGAGCUUGCGCCACAAGUGAGGUCAUGGACUUGGGAGCUUGAAACCUAGAGGCACUGGGUCCAGCCCUCAAAGCACGAGUGAUUCACCCGUCCUCAUGGCCACGAGGGGAGGAUUUGCAAUCCUACGCCUUCGACCUCCUGGCUUCGCUUUGGAAGGCUUUGAUCACCCUUUUCUCCGUUGGACUGCGACUUGCAUACCACAUGUUCUUACUCUAAACUCUGGAGCCACACCCAAUACUUGUGACUGUCUGCUGGUGAUGCAUACACAUUGUAUGUGUGUUCUGCUAACCUUUGGGUUUUGUGGAAAGUGCAAUUUGCGCCUAAGCCUGUGGUAAGAGUGUCACAACACGUCUUCAGACUGGAGCUACAUUUUGGAAUUUAGUUUAAAAAAAUUUUUUUUUAAUAAGGAACCUUCUUAAAAAGUACUAGAGGGAAUUCUGUUUAAAGAAUGACUCAUUUGCCAAUGCAAACCAUCAUUUUCUAAUGUAAGUUCUUCAAAUCUCAAUGUUUAGAAGGUUUUUCUAUUAAAAAUUUCAACCAGGGUUCAUUUUUAUUUUAAGCUUUUUUUUUUUUUUUUUUUUUUUUUUUUUUUUUUUUGCCAGGCAGAGUUAGACAGUGAGAGAGAGAGACAGAGAGAAAGGUCUUCCUUUUUCCAUUGGUUCACUCUCCUAAUGGUUGCUAUGGCCAGCGUUGCGCCGAUCCAAAGCAAGGAGCCGGGUACUUCCUCCUGGUCUCCCAUGCAGGUGCAGGGCCCAAGCACUUGGGCCAUCCUCCACUGCCUUCCCGGGCCACAACAGAGAGCUGGACUGCAAGAGGAGCAACCGGGACUAGUACCCAGCGCCCCAACCGGGACUAGAACAAGGGGUGCUGGCACCACAGGUGGAGGAUUAGCCAAGUGAGCCACAGUGCUGGCCUUAAGCUUAAUUUUUAAUAGAUAAUAUCCUUAUGUUAUUCAAAGAUAAGAAAAUAAGGUUCAGGAAAAGUCUUGUCCCCAGUUCUGUGUGCCAUAUAUUGGGUCCUCCUUACUUCUAUAUCCCACUGAUAACUUAAGGGCUUCUUGAUGUGUAUGCAACAGAUACAAGCAUAUAUGUCCAUAUAUAUGUAUGCACGUAAGUAUAUGUGUAUAUGUAUACAAUCAUAUGUGUGUGUAUAUAUAUAUAUAUAUAUGAUGUUAAUACACUGUGAUACUUCUGUCGUUCAUUUGGUCUCAUUUUGAAUGAUUCUAUAAGAAGUUUGGAAAUACAGAUACCGUUCUGGAAUGAGAAGAACUUUCCUGGCCAUGUGGACUGGGUACUUGUGAAUAGUGGAAAUUGAUUGGCUAACAAAUAAA